AUGCCCACCGGCAGUUCUGCAUUCCUGGCCGCACUGGCCAAUCGUCGAUCCUACUAUGGGCUUCGCCCAGAGUCCCCAACCCCUGAUGCCAAAAUUCAUUCCAUCUUGAGCGAAGUCAUGCUCACAACCCCGUCCGCAUUCAACUCCCAGACGACGCGCGCCAUACUUCUCCUCAAGAAGGAGCAUGAAAGAUUCUGGGAAAUCGCCAAAGACGUGCUUCUUGCGCGCAUUGGACCCGAGCGGUUUGCUAAGACCGGUCCGAAACUCGACAAUUUCAAAGCAGCAUACGGAACUGUGCUAUUCUAUGAAGAUCAGCUUGUCGUUGCACAGACGAAGGAAAGGUUCCCCACUUAUUCCGAAAACAUUGAGCCAUGGUCAGAGCACUCAAGUGGCAUGCACCAGAUAAACUCGUGGGUUGCUUUGGAGGCCGAGGGAUUUGGCGCCAAUUUGCAGCAUUAUAACCCCAUUAUUGACGAGAAGGUUCAGGCCGAAUUUCACAUUCCAAAGAAUUGGAAGCUCCGUUCGCAGUUGGUAUUCGGUUUGCCUAAUGGCGAAAGCCCUCCCCCGAAGGAUAAACUGCCCCUGGAUGAGUUGCUGCAGGUUUGGGGGGCUGAUGCGUGA